GAAAACCUAAAGAGAAGAAGAAGAAGAAGAAGAAGACGAGAGAGAGAGAUAGACAGAGAUGGUUUCAACCAAAACCCAAAGAUUGAUGAUUUCUCUAGCCGCAACUCUCUGCCUAAUCCUCAUACAUUCAACUCCAGCCAGCUCCUCCAAUGACUCCCCAACAGUUUAUGAGGUUCUUCAGGACUACAACUUCCCAGUCGGCCUUCUUCCAAAAGGGGUCAUAGGCUACGAUCUGAACACCUCCACGGGUAAAUUCUCAGCCUCUUUCAAUGGUAGCUGCAGCUUUUCUCUUGAAGGCUCGUACCAAUUGAAGUACAAGUCCACCAUCAAAGGUAACAUAUCAAAAGGCAAGCUAUCAAGCUUGGAGGGUGUCAGCGUGAAGCUGUUCUUUAUAUGGGUGGACAUAAUAGAGGUCCGCCGGAGCGGCGAUGAUAUUGAUUUCUCUGUGGGGAUCGCAUCAGCUGGGUUCUCAAUUGACAACUUUGAGGAGUGCCCUCAAUGUGGGUGUGGCUUGAAUUGCGGUAAUAGGCAAGUAAACAAGCUUAGAUCAAACCCUUUUGUUUCUUCACAUUAGGGGAAUCGAAUUCAGAUAGUUGGUGUACUUGAAUUUUUUUUUAAUUGUCUGUUGGAUUAAUCGAUGUGGGUUGUGCUUAUCUUGAUGACUUUUUGUUGUUUUUAGUUGAUUUGUGGGAUGCCCAAAUGCAUAUUCUCAUUGAUGAUGGGAAAAAAAAAAAGUCAUAGGGCUGAAAUUUGUUUGAAUCUGAAACCCCAAUGUUAAUUUGUUCUUAAUUUCAUCUCUAUUGAUCUAUCUAUGGAAUUGAGGAUAUGAAUGUA